AAUGGCGGAAGAAGCCGUUAAUUUUUUUCUUCACUCUUCCGAGGAUGUUUUGAAUGAUUUCGAACGCGAUUUUGAACACUACUCAACACAGUAUCAAGAAAUUCCUUACGUCGACGAUUACGUAAUAAAGGAAAAAUUAAAGGGCAUGGAACAUCUUGCAUCGGUUGUUAAACUCGUCGAACAAGUUUCAAAGUUGGCUUGGAAAAAGAGCGAACUAGAAAAAAAAUGCGACUGCCUGAGAGGUUGUAGAAUAAGGAAUAAUGUACCGUCCUCUCCUUAUUCACCGGAAGAAGAUCACGAUCAGAACUCAAUUUGGAAUAAGGGUUUACAAAAGAUGCGAGCCAAAAGCACAAAAGUAAAAGCUUCCUUCAAUAAAGGUAAAGAAGAAAAAGUCCAAAAACUCCAUCAAAGAAGUCAAAGUACAGGGAGCAUAGAUAUAGAUGAUAUACUGCAGAGGUCGGAUAGUGAUAGCCGACGAAAGAGACGUGAGGCUAAAUUCUCAAAAAGAAGACUCUCAAAGUGGGCAAGAAAAGUGCGAGCUGGAUUAGCUCCCGAAAGAGCUCUAUCACAUGUUGUAUCCGCAAAAGAGAUUGUUAUUUCGAAAUCGUGCUCGAAAUCGUUAAAAGCAGAAAUCACAAAAUCCCGUUCACAUUCGGAUUUUAACAACUUAGAAAAUUCAAUGUCAUCAGCCGAACCCUCGCCUACAAUUACUGUUUAUGGAGAAGAGGGAAGGCUACUCCGGCGAAGAUCAUCCCCUUCAUUGUAUGUCGAGGAGAAUAGUUCUCCUCUGAGAAGGAGCGGCAGUUUAAAAUCAGCUGUUAGUGCCUUAAAAAGAGUAAAAGGAGCACUUAGAAGAACAGGAAGUUUUAAGGGUGAUGAAUAUAUCCGAGAUAAUGAUAACAAGAAGAGAACAAUAGAUCAUAUAGUUCUCCUCAGCCCUCCAGCCAGACGUUCCACAUACAAUUCAAAUGAACCUGUCAGAAAACAAGCUACAGCUCGAACUAGGCCAACCCGGACAUCUCUGGCAGCAUUUCCAUCCGAUGAAAGAGGCGGAAUUCAAAAUUUUUUAACGGCCGAUCUAGCAAAAAGGAUCGGGGAAUGGGAUAACAGAAGAAAUUCUGCUCAACACGCCGUAUUAAAGCACGAAGAUUCAUUUUCUCAAGAAUUUAUAAAAAAGAUGCACGAAUGGGAAAAGAAAAAAGCAUUAGUUGAGAAGGAAAAAUCUCCAAAAACUUUAGCUCCACCUGUAGAUACGAUCUCUAAUCAUAGUAAUACUAGCGAAGAAAGACAGCCAUUAAAUCUUGGAGAAGAUUUUAGUAAAAAAGUUGCCGAAUGGGAAAGAAUUAAGGAACAAACUUAUUUAAACCCAGCUGCUGAGAACGGAAGGUCAAGGUCGAAAGAGAGACAAAAAUAUCAGAAAAUGGUUUCAAAAGAUAUGCAAAAAAUUGAAAGAGCUCAGUUAAAGAUCGAAAAAGAGAAAGCAAAGCUAGAAAGAUUAAAGGAAACGAUAAGCGUUAAUGAAGAGGCUUUAUGUCACGGUCUAAGCCAAGAAUUCGCUAAGAAAUAUCACAAUUGGCAGAAACAGCUUGUUGAAACUGACAGUAGAUCUAUAUCGCCUAUACCAAAUAGACGAACAAAAUUAGAGCAUGCUCAGGAAAGCGUCGAAGUUGAAGAGAUCGCCAUGUCAAUUGCAUCUCCUGACAAAACUUUAAUAAGAACUGUAAAUUCUCUACCAAAACAAAUGACCGUUGCGGAUAGUUCAAAACCGGAGCAAUAUUUUGCUGGUUCACUAUUCGAUAAUGAAGCUAAUAAUUUAGCGAAUGUUUUGAAAACCGAUAUUGAAAAGGUUGGAAAGAGGUUGAUUAGUUUUGAUAAGAAGGAAAGUAAAGAAGAUUUAUAUGAUUUAGAAAAUUCCCUUGAAGAAUUAAGUCGUUUAUUAGAACGUUUUGAUUCAGCACCUAAAGUUAGUCAUGCAACUACUGCAGAUAUUUUGAAGAUGGCCACAAAAAUUAAUCUGCUGAAUAUUAAAUUAACCAAAAGACACAUUAUUGCCCUUAAGAAUGCUCACUGUCAACUUCGAUUAUUAAAUAAAUGCGUUGCAUUUGGCAAUUAUAUGCGAAGAAGAGAAGGCGCUUAUUUAUGGAAAAGGAACAAAUCAGAUUGUAAUUUAAACAAAUAUGCUGUAAGUUAUUAAAAUAAAAGCAAAUGCAUUACUCUCAUAAUACAUUGUAUAUAUAUAUAUUGUGUUUAAAAUAUAAUCUACUUUUUAUUUAACAUUACAUUGCUCUUUACAGUUUAUUAUCAUGUAAUUUAUUCACACGGUAUUCAAUUUAGCUUGGACUUUCAACCCUAGGAUUCUGUUAACUAAACAUAACAUUAAUAAGUUUAUUUUUUUUUCUAUCAGUCUCAAGAAAGAGAAAUGUCAAUAGUAUCAUCGCUUACACUUCUUACAAGCGAACGUUAUGAUAAUAACUUUUUAGAUAAAUGUUCAAAACUCAUUGAAAAGUCAAUUUUAUUUACAAAUCAACUGUCCAGAACGAUCAACGCCUCCCUGGAAACGAGUAGAGCCUCAAAACAAACACAAACAUCGUCAGAAAACGGCAAGAAAAACAUCCUCUCCGCCAGCUUAAUAGAAGAAAUCGUUCCUCAAUUUUCCACAGAAAGACGAGCUUCUAGGCCAAAGCUCGAAAGGAUUCCUGCAAUUGAAUAUCACUCUCCACAAUUUGUUCGAAAAUCAGCAAUAUCUUCUAAUUUACAAGUUUGCGAACCAAUUAAAGCAGUUGUCAAAGAAUGUUUAGAAAAAGCUGAGAGUAUCAAGCUACCGUCAACUGUAUCAAUAGACUCCCAAAGUGUGGAAGGUGCCGAACGACUUGAUAUAAUGGAAGCUUUAGUUGCAGAGAGAAGUAAACAACUAAGAGAUAUGAUAAAGAAGUUUGAUUAUAAAUCGUUAUCUUCUCAAGGAACUUCCGAAGAAAUACCAAAUACUCCUGAAAUUGAGAGAAAACCAGCUACCAGAUUUAGAGCAUUUACCUAUGAAGCUGACAAAGAAUCAUUCCUGAGUUAUCAUAACGAACCCAUUUGUAAAUCUUUACCUUCUUCUCCUAAUAAAACCGAUACAAGAUCAUCUACAAAAAUUUUUAAAUUUCCAGCAUUGAAGACAGUAAAAUGGAAAUUAUUUAAAAAAAAUAUACCUGAAGAAAAGAUGUAUGUAAGCGCCCUCUGUCGAAAUGCAAUUACUGUAAAUGUAUCAGAAACGUGUAGCCCAAAAGAGAGCCCUAUACUCAAUAAAAAAAAGAUGAAUAAGAACUGGUUUCAAAAUCGUUUCUUUCAGAAGAACUGACUGAAAUCAUAUCUUAACUUCUUUUUGUACAAAAAUAAGUUCAAGAUAUAUAUAUAUAUAAUAGCAAUGUAAUGAAUACAUCUGAGCAAAUAUAUUUAUAUAUAAAUACUAUUUUCUAGAUAUACAGUAUAUAAUAUAUUUAUAUGUAUGUUGUGAUGUAUAAACAUUUAUAUAAUUAAUGUAUUUUUUGAAAGGACAAAAGUUGCAAUGUUUGUCAAUUUAACUUGUGCACAACUUGAAAAUAUUGUAAAUUUAGAUAAAUGUGUAAAAUGGAAGUUUUAAGAAAAUGAAUAUUUCCUUUAAAGAAAGAAACUGACACUGAAAAAAAGUUUCGUGACUGGUGCCAAAAUUACAUGUAUAUUAUGAAUUUUUAUUGACAGGAAUAAAAACAGACGCAACUUGGCUAAAUGGAACGAAUAAAGACUUUUCCUGUAGAAGCAUUAGUCUACUUAAUGAUUUUUUAAGAGGUGGCUAAGUAACUAGCUUGCGGUCUUUUUUAUAGGUUUACUCUGUUUUCGACAAGAUUUUAUAUUAUGUUUUUUAAAACAAAUAGCACAUAAAUUGAUAAAAAUCUUUAAAAAAAUUUUGCCUUUCUUCUUAUUAAUUUUCAUCUUUAAAUUCUCUUAUUAUCUUUCAUUUUUAUUUCUUUGUUUCUUUCUUUUCUUCUUACCGGCCUUGAUCGAGGAACAUUUCUCUCUCAACUCAUUAAAUUAACCUUAAUCUGUCAAUUUUUCUUUUCUGUUUCGCAUGAAUAUCAAAUAUUUCAAGUUGUAUAUUAGUAGCAU